AUGCUAACCAGUCGACUCAACAGUGUCGCAACCCGUAUCGCAUACGCUCUCAUGCUUCUCAUCAACUCCAUAGUCGCAUGGAUCAUGCUCACACCGUGGGCAAUCAAUAAGUUGCAACAUCUUACUUUGGACUACGUUAAAAUAGAUUGUCCGACUGGACAAUGCUAUGGCUGGCUGGCCGUCCAUCGCAUCAACUUCGCCCUCGGCUUGUUUCACUUGAUAUUCGCUGGCCUCCUCUUUGGCGUCACUUCCUCCAAGAACCCUCGGGCUGCGAUCCAGAAUGGCUACUGGGGCCCCAAGAUUAUUGCCUGGCUCGCCUUCGUCGUUCUGUCAUUCCUCAUUCCUGACGAAUUCUUUAUGUUUUGGGGCAACUACAUUUCGUACAUUGGAGGCAUUCUGUUCCUUCUACUUGGUCUCAUUCUCCUUGUCGACCUUGCCCAUAACUGGGCUGAAUACUGCCUGGAGAAAAUCGAGGAUACUGACUCCAGAUUCUGGCGCUUUGUUCUAAUUGGCUCCACGCUCGGCAUGUACAUUGCGUCAAUUGCAAUGACUGUCGUCCAGUACAUCUUCUUUGCUCCUUCCGGAUGCUCUAUGAACCAGGCUGCCAUCACCAUCAAUCUACUUCUGUGGAUUGGUAUUUCGAUACUCUCCAUCAACCCGGCAGUCCAGGCACAUAACCCCAAGGCUGGUCUUGCCCAGGCUGCCAUGGUUGCUGUCUACUGUACUUACUUGACCAUGUCCGCCGUCUCCAUGGAGCCGGACGACAAGCACUGCAACCCCUUUGUGCGUGGCCAGGGGACGCGUACCACGUCCGUCGUUAUCGGAGCUGUCGUGACUCUGCUGACGGUUGCAUACACGACGACCCGUGCCGCAACGCAGAGUCUCGGCCUUGGAAGCGACUCCGGGGCAAUUCGUCUCUCCGACGAUGAUGAGCAUGAUCUCGUUACACAGCAACCCGGAAGUCGGCGGCAGAUGCGGGCCGAAGCACUUCGCCGAGCUGUAGAGGAGGGUAGCCUCCCGGCCGAUGCCCUGCUUUCAGAUGACGAGAGUGAGAGUGGUGGAGACAACAGCAACCACGACGACGAGAGGUCAAGCACGCAGUACAAUUACACCAUCUUCCACGUUAUCUUCUUCCUGGCGACAUGCUGGGUCUCGACGCUGCUUGUUCUUAGCCACGAGGAAACCGCGGAAGAUGGUGAUUUUGCCACGGUGGGCCGCACUUAUGCGGCAAGUUGGAUCAAGAUUGUGAGCGCUUGGGCAUGCCAUGGCAUGUAUAUUUGGACGCUUGUGGCGCCAAUUGUUCUCCCCGAACGCUUUGAUUUCUCGUAG